AUGUAGUCUUUGUAUUUGUUUCUGACUCACACGGUAAUCAACUGACUACUCGACUACACGUUCAAGUCAGCCUUUCACUGACACUUUAAUUUGUGUUCCCCUGUCCUCCUGACAAAUCCUGAGUCAAGAUGGUGAGCAAUAGCAUUGGGGGUGGCUUUACAGCUUUUAUGGCAGCACCCCACAGACAACAUUCACUCUAAAUGGACAGACACAAUGAAAUGCACGAUAAAAUAAUAAUACAGGACUUUCUUGAUCUCCAGAGUUACUCGAGAAGCUCUAUUUCGAUAGAGGGUACCAAAUGGAACACUUCUGUUCCCUAUCUGCUGGGAAACACUCUUGAUGUGCAUUCCAAAGGGAUUAUUUUGAGGGCCUUUGAGCAGUUUGGUCUGAAAUCCUGCAUCAACUUUAUUCCACGGCAAAAUGAAGAUUACUUCAUCCACAUCCAGAAAUUAGGAGGGUGUUACUCUUAUGUAGGAAAAUUCUUUCCAGGUGGACAGAAUGUUUCCAUUGGGUCUGGCUGCGCAUUUGUUCACAUUGUGGAACAUGAGCUUCUUCAUGCCCUGGGCUUCUUUCACGAGCAGUCCAGAUAUGACAGAGAUGACCAUGUCACAAUAAUCUGGGAGAACAUCCAAGAAGGGUUUGAGCGCAAUUUUGAUAAAGUAAGUGAGGAUUACUCAAGCCUCCUUAAUACUUCAUAUGACUACACAUCUGUAAUGCACUACGAUAAAGAUGCCUUCAGUAAUGGAAAUGGAUCCACCAUCAUCACAAAGCAACCUGAGUUUCAAGAUGUGAUCGGCAACAGUAUAGAAAUGAGCUCAACAGAUGCACUGGAACUGAACAGGCUCUAUCACUGCGAUGCGUCAGUCUCCUUCCUGGACCACUGCAGCUUUGAAGAUGAGAGCCUGUGUGAGAUGAGUGUCUGCUCCAGGAGUUCAGCUGGAUGGCAGAGAGUGAGCCGAGCUGAUGGAGGUCCCCACUCAGACCACACCUACCUGGGCACUGACUCUCAGGGUAGAAAAAAAGAGGAUUGUCAUGGCUUCUUCAUGCACUUCAGCACUAUAACUGGAGAAGAAUGGGAUUCAGCCAGACUGACCACCAGGAGGAUGACUCCUGGUAGAACAUGCCAGGUCCAGUGCCUUCAGUUCUAUUACUACUACAGUGGGAAUGAAACGGACCAGCUCAACAUCUGGAUCAGAGAGUUUGACAGUGAGGAGGACACAGAAGGAACCCGUAGGCUUAUGGGCCAGAUCACAGGUUCUCCGGCUGAGUACUGGCAGUUCCACCAUGUUCCUCUGAACGCCACUAAGACCUUCCAGGUGGAGUUUGAGGCCCGCAAAGGACCUGGGUCGUCCAGCGGUGGCUUUUCCGUGGACGACAUCAACCUGUCAGAGACCGAAUGCCCCCAUCAGACAUGGCAAAUCAGGAACUUUGAGGAGGUUUUGAAUACCAGUAAUUAUGGCACAAUCCUCUAUAGCCCAAAGUACUACUCCAUAGAUGGCUAUGGCUAUCAGAUCCUGCUACAAUUGCUGAACACAUUUUUUGGUGUUCGUGUACGCUUGGUGUCUGGAGACUAUGACGACACGCUGGAGUGGCCGUUGGCAUGGAGGCAGAUUACAGCCCGAAUGCUGGACCAGAAUCCACACAUGCAGCUGCGCUUGUCCAGGGAGAGGAGUUUGACCACAGACCCAGUACUGAUAUCAGGUGCUUAUAGCCACAGCAUUGAGUAAAGAAAAUCAUCUUUAGUUUUGUUGUGAUUAACUUGUCAAUCACACUAGCUGGUGCCCAUGCUUCAUGCCAGUCGAUAUCGUCAGAUAAUUCUUGUUUGUUUACUAUUAAUAAAAUAACGACAUUAAAAUUAUUCAUCAUCAAUCACAGUAAUUUUUUUUUGUUUUUUGUUAAAUCCAGGUGGGAAGUUCGCUUGGGGAAACCCCCGAGAGGUGGGAAAUCUAACCACAGUGGGUGGUGAGACCUUUAAUGCCUCAUAUGGUUAUGGAUGGGGAUACUUCAUGGCCUUGGAGGAUCUUCAGAAGAGAGACUUCCUGAAAGGAGGCGAUGCCAUCUUCUUCUUCACCAUGCAAGGUGGGUGUUCUUAAACUACAUACUGCAUGUUCUCUGAGAUUAGUCCCCUUCUUCCAUGGUGGCAUUAUGGGUUUGUUCUCUCUGUAAAGCUUCA